AUGGCCGAGGAAGGGUGAGUGUGAAGCCGCCCUGGCUAACUGUAUUUACCGGGAUAAACGGAGACGGAGAAAGCAACAAACAAGCUUUGUGUAGAGCAUUAGGUGUAAAUGUGCUAUUUUAGUGAUCCGUGCUUUUUUAUAAUGACUAUCUGGAUCAUUUUUGUUAUAGUUAUGGCUCUAUCUCGCUAUCUUAGCCUCCACAGGGAAACCCGAUACCCGCAUGUGAAGCAAGGCAUGAACUAAUAUUAUACUUUGAAAUAUUUAUGCACUUUUUAGAUCGGUUUGAACUGUCUCUGAAAACUAGAAGCAUUGCCUACAUCUCUCUCCUCAGGGGAUAAGGGUUCAGAACAACCAAUAGCUAUUGGAGAUGUUAAUAUGCUGAGAUUGUCUUUUAAAAAAGAUUUGUAUACAUGUUUUUUGCAGCUAGAAGUCAAAUCUGGUUUAGAUGAGGCUGCUACAGUUUCCCUUUACUGUUGUGGGCUGUACAUCCAUCCUUAAUGCUAAGUCAGCCUCAGUCAAGACUUGAUGUCUGCCUCUCCUCUCAAGCAAGCUCCCCAGUGUUUGAAUGAUGAUUUUAUUUCUUUUGUCGGAUACCCCUUCACUCUUCAAUGAGUGAGAUCCCUCUUCUGACAGACUGGGAGCUCUACUGCAUUCAGCUUUGUUAUUGUAUGUGUUUUGAACAGUGCUUUAACAUCUUUUCUCUCAUUACUGACAGCAUUGCUGCUGGAGGUGUCAUGGAUGUUAACACCGCUCUCCCUGAAGUGCUCAAGACGGCACUCAUCCACGAUGGCCUCGCCCGUGGCAUCCGAGAGGCCGCCAAAGCCCUGGACAAGUGUGUAAAAAUGUCCUCUCAGUACUUGCUGUAGUGUUAAAUUGGUGUAUCGCUGAUGAUAAUUUGGCUCCCUCUACUGAACACCCUGAGGAGAUUGCCACUGUUACCCAAUUUCUGUCUGAGAUGCGCUAGAAAAUUUGUCAAUGCUUAUAACCCAGUGUAUGCAGUCCUGAAAGCUCACUUGCGAUUGUCUUGCAGGCGUCAGGCCCAUCUCUGCGCCCUUGCAAGCAACUGCGACGAGCCCAUGUACGUCAAGCUGGUGGAGGCUCUCUGUGCUGAGCAUCAGAUUAACCUGAUCAAGGUAACGGAACUGCUUCACUGUUAGCUGAUCUCUGAGACUUUGUUUUACACAGAAAUGCGUGUAAAAUUAAAAUGUUUAAACAUGGGGUUCAGACCUCUUCGUGUUGAAGGUUUUUGAAUACUGACAGACUUUUUUUAAAAGAAGCUUAUGAGGUCAUGCUGUAUCACUGAUGAUAAUUUGGCUCCCUCUACUGAAUACUGUGAGGAGACUGCCAUUGUUACCCAAUUUUCUGUCUGAGAUACAGCCAAGAGGCCUGAAAUUUGAUGCUUAGUGGAGCAGAUUGUUAAAGAAACCUGUGACUGGGAUUGUUUAACUGCUUCACAUGUUUGGUUCCUGCUCAUCAGGGAUAGCGAAGAUGCUCAAGAUGACCUACAUUUUUUGUGAUGGUAGUAAAAUAUAAAUAUGACACACAUUAAUGUCCAUUCACGUCAUUUCAGGUUGACGACAAUAAGAAACUCGGCGAAUGGGUUGGUCUGUGCAAGAUUGAUCGUGAAGGCAAACCCCGCAAGGUUGUAGGCUGCAGUUGUGUUGUGGUCAAGGUGAGUUCUGCUGUUCUCGGGUUUCUCUACAGUUUAAUAAGUAGAUGUUAUUAAAACUGGAAUAAAAAGAUCACAAUCACGAAUGAAAUACCUGCCAAUCAAGUCCAGGUGCUUGUGCUUCGUGCCACGCAGCUGUUUUUAAAUUCUUGGCAAGAUAACAGCCAGGGUACGAGCCCUGACAUCUACCUGUGGUGUCUGCGGUCCCUAAGAAUGGCUACACAAAGAGAAACACCUUAACAUGAGACAUCCUCAGAGGCCAUCUCAGUCUUGAUCUGUAAACAAGCCUUUAUUUUAGCAGUGUUAUGGGCUUCCAGAGCCUACAACAGGUCCCUGAGAAAUAUGGGGAAGACCACAAAGGCAAAGAUGUCACAAUGUCUUUAAGUCUAACAGGGAAUCUUAAAAAAAUAUAUUGUUUUCACUUAAAUUUCUGAAAGUCAAGGGCAGGAAGGAAGUCAAAAGAGAGAAAUGUUGUGUCACUGUUGCAGUUUGACGUUUUUUUUCUUCUCUGAUUGGCUGGUCAUCCGAUCUGGACUGCACUUGAAGUCUUCUGUCAAGCCUGCUGAUUUUAAAACUGUUUCUGUCUGCAGGACUACGGCAAGGAGUCUCAAGCAAAGGAUGUGAUUGAGGAGUACUUCAAGGGCAAGAAAUGA